AUGGACAAGAUACAGUAUGAAGACCUGUCUGACAUCAAACACCUGGGUUACACAGAUGAGGACAUCCAUGAUGAAGACCUUCAAGAAGCAAUUGAUGAUGCAUAUCGACCAUGUGAGGAGCAGGACACAGGGUCUGAGGGAGAUGAUAUCACUCAUAGCUCAGACAAUGAUGAAUCACAAACCACCCUCACAAUGGAUAAGACCAAUGAAGACAACAUUGAAAUUGCAAGGAUCCAGAAAUCAAACCCAGGAUUGCACCCCAUGAUGAUCACUGAGUCAUUGCAGAUCUACAACAAACAACUACCCUAA